ACGUUGUUGUUAGUGUUGCUAGCAGAGUGGUAGUGCAGCUUCCUACAUAGGGUCUUCAUAAAAAAAUAACCAUGGCGGCCACUGAAAUAGCUAGGCAAGCGGGAGAAGGUGCUCGUGCCGUCCCUCUAGCCGGCCAUGUCGGCUUUGAUAGCAUGCCCGACCAGCUGGUCAACAAGUCUGUCAACCACGGCUUCUGCUUCAACAUCCUCUGUGUCGGGGAAACGGGCCUGGGCAAGUCCACUCUUAUGGACACCCUGUUCAACACCAAGUUCGAGGGCGAGCCCACCCAGCACAACCAGCCGGGCGUGCAGCUCAAGUCCAACACAUACGAGCUCCAAGAGAGCAACGUGCGCCUCAAGCUGACCGUGGUCAACACUGUGGGCUUUGGAGACCAGAUCAACAAAGAGGACAGCUACAAGUCCAUUGUUGAGUUUAUCGACACCCAGUUCGAGGCCUAUCUGCAGGAGGAGCUGAAAAUCAAGCGCACGCUACACAGCUACCACGACACGCGCAUCCACGCCUGCCUGUACUUCAUUGCGCCCACCGGACACUCCCUCAAGUCCCUGGACCUGGUAACUAUGAAGAAACUGGACAGCAAGGUCAACAUCAUCCCCAUCAUUGCCAAGUCAGAUGCCAUCUCCAAGAGCGAGCUGACCAAGUUCAAGAUCAAGAUCACCAGUGAGCUGGUCAGCAACGGCGUUCAGAUCUACCAGUUCCCCACCGACGACGAGACGGUGGCAGAGAUCAACUCCACCAUGAACGGCCAUUUGCCGUUCGCCGUUGUGGGAAGCACGGAGGAAGUAAAGAUCGGCAACAAGAUGGUGAAAGCACGGCAGUACCCCUGGGGAACAGUGCAGGUGGAGAAUGAGAACCACUGUGACUUUGUGAAGCUGCGGGAGAUGCUGAUCCGGGUAAACAUGGAGGACCUGCGGGAGCAGACACACACGCGCCACUAUGAGCUCUACCGCCGCUGCAAGCUGGAGGAGAUGGGAUUCAAGGACACGGACCCCGACUGCAAACCCUUCAGUCUGCAGGAGACGUACGAGGCCAAGAGGAACGAGUUCAUGGGUGACCUGCAGAAGAAGGAGGAGGAGAUGAGGCAGAUGUUCGUCCAGAGAGUCAAGGAGAAGGAAGCUGAACUGAAGGAGGCCGAGAAAGAGCUGCACGAGAAGUUUGACCGGCUCAAGAAGCUGCACCAGGAUGAGAAGAAGAAGCUGGAGGACAAGAAGAAAUCCCUGGAUGACGAGCUCAAUGGCUUCAAGCAGAAAAAGACGGCUGCCGAGCUCCUACAGUCCCAGGCCCAGCAGGCAGGGGGCUCCACCACACUCAAGAGGGACAAGGAGAGGAAAAAUUAACUCCUCCCCCCCACUUGCUGCAUGCUGCAUGAAACAUCUUGUCCUGUUCAGGAUUCCUGUAGAAAAGUGCUUCCUCCCUCAGCCAGCUGUGAAUGAGUUUUCACCCCAUCCUUGGCAGUGCCAUGCUGUUCUCUGUCCCCCCCCCCCCCCCAUUCCAACCGCCGCACAUGUCCCUGCUCUGAGGAAGAAUCCAGGCAUUACUGUGAAUGGGAAUCCUUGACUCGAAUGCAUGCUUCUUUUAUACGUUCUUUCACAAGUCAUAAUUCUGCGUUUGCCUGUUUUUUAAAAAAAAAAAAUUAUGUUGGAAGGUAGACCUUCUCUUUUUGUUUGUUAGCCUGUUUCCGCACGACUGAGUGUGCUUUUAACUUUAACAUGCGCAACUACUGUUUUGACCGGCAGGAGUUUGUGGAGGCUAAGGUGAAACGCACAUCCGCUAUGGUCUGACCAAGCGAGUGGUGUGUGUGUGUGGCAUGUAGUCUGUGCUCAUUGCAUAUACUUGGCAAGGGCAGCAUAUUCACGUCCAUGUUUCAUACUACCACUAUUCUACUCACUCCACUAAACCACUCCAGUAGUUUGAGAUAAUGAAGAUGUACACUGAUAUCGUAUUGGCAUACAAUGCAUAAUUAUUGAAAAUGAAGACACAAUCGUAGUACGUUUCUAAAUGAAGGCAUGUUGUCCACCGCCCAUCAAGAGUAGCCUGGUCCCAGAUCUGUUUGUACUUUUGCCUACUCCAAACAUUGCAUGACUAUCAGUUACAGGAAGUUGGAAUGAUAGCCUCGGCGCCAGUUUGUUUGCGCUAUCAAGACAAUGAGUGUUAAUAGUGAACUGCUGAUGUUAUUUCAUCUUAGCCUGGUGCAUGUGAAGACAUUCAUGCUUUCUCGCCAUCUCUUUGCCAUACCUCAUUGUUUUUAAUAUACUUUGUUAUCUGCAUACUUGUUAGCUUUUGACAUUUUACACAAAUAUGAUUUUGUGUAUUUCUAUUGCAAUUGGGACUUUUUUAUGUAUAUUUUUUAUAUAUAUAAAAGCAAAUUUUAAUCCAUUUAAACAAAAAACAAUCAUGUAGGGAUCAGUAUUACACUUGUAUCAGUGUUACACAAAAAUACUUAAUAUCCAAAGGAAAUAAAGCGUGAAUUUCACCAAAUAUUUCAAUUGUGGCCACGAUUAUUGUGUAUGAAAUGUAUAAUCAAUCAGUAUUUUAAACAUAACAGUGUGUGAGUGGGUUCUACAAAUGUGAGGAUAUAAGGGUUUCACAUAGAUUCUGAUUACAGUUGGAAACACUUGGUUUGGUCUAGAUAUUUAACUCCUUCAAGGGCUUUGAGAUAUCCCGCCAUUGUUAUUGUCAAAACGACUCUCCUUACAGAGCAAAAUUGUCUGCAAACCUGAAUUCAUAGGGCUGGAUCCUAACUUGGACUUUCUUAUUAAUCAUGCCUUGAAGUCAGUAGAACACUUGCAUGAGCAUUUAAGUUGGGUGCAUAAAUGUCAUGUUAGUAUUCAGCCUGCACUGCUUUUGUCUGAACAAACUGAGCCAGUAGUCAUUCUCCAUUCCUCCUAGAGAAACAGGAUUGGAACACUCCAUUGUUUGGCAGAUGAGUGUGAGCGCCAAUGAGAUUGUUGGUUUUUAAUUUCAACUCCACUUCCUUCUCAUCUAUAUCUUGAGGACAGGGUGUUGUUUAUCAGGAAAAUAUUUCUAAGAACCCCCACACCACCCUCCAAAAAUAUGUCUGUGUCCUUGCUCAAUAUAACCCACAUGCCUUUGUACGGUGACACAGGUCAGACAGUUGGUCUGAUGAGUCAAAUGUCCACAGAUGUAGUUAUUUUGUUUUCGUCUAAAUGUAUCGAAAUGAGUCGCUUACGUACUUACACAUUCUUGUACAGUGGUGUAGUAGGUGUGGUUUACAACUUCUCACAAUCCCUUCUCAAAUUGCUCUUUGUCUCAAUGUCUCUGGGGGAACUGUUGUCCUAAGCUCUAUGGGUUGGCAGGGUGUGCCUUGGUGUGUGGUCAUUCAUACAUACUGUGCUUUAGUUCCUCUGCUCACUGCUCUGUGUGUAUUUACCUUUCCUUUGCAGUAAACCCUGGCUCUGCACUGAGUAGGUGCUUCCACCCUCAAGCUUUGCUAAGGGACCAGGCUUUGUGGGUAGCGGGUACCCCAAGGCUGAGGAGAGGCAUUGUGAACCCACCCUUCUGGGUUAAAAAAAAACAUUCAUCUGCUUUAUGUAUUAACAAAAGGAUACCCCGAUCUGUAUUUCAUUGCUGCUCUAUAUGCUGACUCUGUGGCUAAAUCUGUCUUUUCCGUAUGGUUAUACUUUUUUGUCAUGUCGUGUUUUUGCUGUGCUGACUGACUAAUAUCACCAUUUGCUUUUUGCUUCUGUAGGGAUAGAUAUUUUCUGGACUGUUUUUGUUGUGCACUUCUUGGUAGUUUUCCCAUCAUUAUUAGGUUUAAGAUUGUCUGUUUUGAUGUAUUAACUGACACUGAAUACUUUUUUUUAAUUUACAGAGGACAUAAUAUCUGCUGCAAGCAGUUCUCACAAGCAAUUUAUUCAAUGUUUUAAAUCCGUAUUAUGCUCAAAUUGAAUUGGUCAGCUCAAGUACUGUAGUAUUUUAUUAUGAGUAGUUAUUUUUUAGCUUACCACACAGACAUUGCAUUUGUAACAGAGUUAGUGUCAUUUGAAGUACAGUAGCAACUAUACAUGCGUUAGGAAAACCCAAAUACGUACGGUCUUCCCUCCCCAAAAUGUCAGUAAUCCUUCUGGUAGGCACUGUUGCUCUCCCUGACUGCUUGGGCAUCUCUUGUAACCUUGCAUUUGUCUCCUUUCUCUCUAGCUUCUUUUAAUCUGUCUUGGCCACCUGUCUGAAGAGGGGAUUGCAGCUUCAACAAGAACUAAGCACCCAUUUCCUCUUCCUGUCUUUUCUCACUGCAUCAACCUUUUUUUAACCUCCAUCUCAUCUGCUUUGUUGAACAUGGCCGUAUGUGGACUUCACAUGGUAUUUUUUGGAUAGUUUACAUUUUGCCACCUAAUCAAGGUACACUUUGGCAAGUGGGAGUCCUUCACUGAUAAUAUUUUGCAGAUCUGUCUUGGUGUAUGAAUGAACAAAGCUUUGUUCAGGUGCUCAGGUAGGAUUCUAAACAGUUGUUCAAGAGAAAAACAUCAAACCAAUAGUUUCAUCAUACCAUUUCUGGCAGAGCCAAGGCUCUGGAUUAAUUUAUAUUUUGCAUAAAACUAUCAGAACUUAAUUGACAGUACAUUUUAAGAAAGUCUUUAUGUAAUAACGUUCAAUCAUAUAUUCAGUCCAUUUUGAGAAGGACUCCGUUUUGAAAUAACCAUUACAAAUAGCCUAUUAUUAAUGUGCUCAUAGUUCAAAGGGGGGGGGUUAUGCUUUUUAUUUAUUUAACUAGGCAAGUCAGUUAAGAACAAAUUCUUAUUUACAAUGACGGCCUACCCCGGCCAUAGCCUAACCCGGACGACGCUGGGCCAAUUGUGCGCCGCCCUAUGGGACUCCCAAUCACGGCCAAUUGUGAUACAGCCUGGAAUUGAACCAGGGUCUGUAGUGACACCUCUAGCACUGAGAUGCAGUGCCUUAGACUGCUGCACCACUCGGGAGCCCCUAUGAAUACAAAUAGCACAACCCAGAUCUCAAUAAAGCACUGAUAAAUCCGCCAUAUUUAUUUGGUGAUUGAUAGUGCGACGUCUUACACUGCGUGUGAGUAGUAGAAACUUUUGUCAAUACGGAUUUAAAAACCAUAGGACAAUUGCGAUCCAAAUAAAUACAGUAUUCUUUGUUCACUGCAUAGGUUGUUUCAUUGGAACUCAGAAGAGCCAAAGACAUGUUCAUGUCAAGCACUUAUUUAGUGAAAACACCUUUUCCGUACUGAAAUGCCAUGUAGGUCGCAUUUAAUGCCCUUUACGCAUUGUGCUUGAACUACCAUCAGUCUAUUCUGUAUUUUGCAUGUCUUUUUCUUUCAUCACCUCUGUGAUCUUGACCUUUUGCUCCCCAUUGUAGUUUUCUCCCCUAACAGUUUUGCACUCUUUCACAUUUGAUGCUCUAUUGUUUGGACCAGUUUUAUCUUGUGUAUUACUAGUUGUUAUGUGCAGUUAUACCCCUCUCCACAAUUUCUGGCACCCAUAUUGCCAAAUAUUACAAUGAGAUGGAGUUGAAUCCUAGAUACAGAUAGAUACUCAUGCAUUUGUAUAAUUUAUAAGGAUAUAUUUUGUGUAUGGAAGUGGAGACCUGUUUUAUGAAAUAUGAUCUUUGGACGUGACUCUUCUCUCUGUGUAAAGUUACAUUUUGUUGUAAGAAAUUGCCAUACAUUUUUCUAGCAUCUGCCAUAAUCACCCCUCCUAGUCAAUUACCUGUCCACACCACAAAUUAAUGAUAAAAUAUGUGAUUGUAGUUUGAUUCCAUUUAUGUAAAUUUUCAAUAAAAUAAUGAUGAAAAAGUG